UGGUUUAACCAAUUUGACAUUAGAAGAUGAGCCAACUCAUGUUUAUGAAGAAUAUGCAGGAUAUCUAACAACCAAUUGGAGCCUUUUUUUAUCUAUUUUGCCAUUACCACCAAAUAAUUCAUCAACAACCACCAGCCAAAAAACCCCAUGA